CACUGGAGCGUGUUUCCUGACUUCAGCCCCACCUAGCAACGAGGUGCUGGAAACAACAUCCCUCACCCCACUACACAGACAAAGGAAAGAAACGACGUGGGAAAUAUGGUGCAGUGCACAGAAGCAGUUGUGCAUGGGUGCUCUUAACGCAUCCCCGGAGCGAAGAGCGCUCAUUGCGAUCGCUUCGCCCGAGGGUUCAGCACACUCUUUCGACCACUGGGAGCAAGGAAACUACGAAUGAUGCUUUAUAGACGUUUCCCUUCAUUUCGUUUUCCGAUGUGCAAAAUAGAAGGUCUGGUAAAAGGGCGCAGCCUCAGUAUUCUUAGAAAUUAAUUUCUGGAAGAAACAGUGGCAAGAGAUUUUCUUUUUUGAAUUUUAAGCGAAACAUCAAGAUGAAAUUUCCCAUUGAAAAUCCAAGAAAGCAAGUGAACUGGGAUCCUCAACAAGCCGCAGUUCAGUCCAGCUCCUCUGCAAGUGAUGUGAAGCCCAACGGUCCCUCUCCUCGUCCACGGCUGUCCAUAUCAUCUAGGGCUACAGUAGUCGCCAGUAUUGACAGUAGUACUCCCUACCUCCAGACAGUAAUGAAGUGGAAAACAGUGCUGGCCAUUUUCGUGGUGGUGGUGGUAUACCUGGUAAUUGGAGGUCUGGUGUUCAGUGCUCUGGAACAGCCCUUUGAAAGUAGCCAGAAGAAUACGAUUAUACUGGAGAAAUCAGAAUUCCUCCAAAAUCAUAGUUGUGUCACACGUGAGCAACUGGACAAGCUUAUACAGCAUGCCAUUGACGCUGUCAGUGCAGGAGUUAGUCCUAUUGGAGAAACAUCUAACAAUUCAAGCUACUGGGAUCUUGGAAGUGCCUUUUUCUUUGCAGGGACAGUGAUAACCACAAUAGGAUAUGGAAACAUUGCUCCAAGUACCGAAGGAGGCAAAAUAUUCUGCAUUUUAUAUGCCUUGUUUGGAAUACCUCUGUUUGGGUUUCUUUUGGCUGGAAUAGGAGACCAGCUUGGAACAAUAUUUGUGAAAAGCAUAGCAAAGGUAGAAAAGGUAUUAAGGCACAAGCAGAUAAGUCAAACCAAAAUACGAGUGAUUUCCACAAUCCUGUUCAUCCUGGCAGGCUGCAUAGUAUUUGUCACUAUUCCAGCUGUGAUUUUCAAACACAUUGAGAAAUGGACGGCAUUAGAGGCUAUUUAUUUUGUAGUAAUCACCCUAACAACUGUAGGAAUUGGAGAUUAUGUGGCAGGUGGUAACCGAACAAUUCCAUAUAAGGACUGGUACAAGCCACUGGUUUGGUUUUGGAUUCUUGUGGGUCUUGCCUACUUUGCAGCUGUGUUGAGCAUGAUUGGGGACUGGCUGAGAGUCAUAUCCAAGAAGACUAAAGAAGAGGUUGAAGAAAUAAAAGCUCAUGCAGCUGAGUGGAAGGCCAAUGUGAGAGCUGAGUUCAGGGAAACCCGAAGACGACUGAGUGUUGAGAUACACGACAAGCUUCAGAGAGCUGCAACUAUUCGAAGCAUGGAACGCAGGAGACUAGGCUUGGAGCAAAGAGCCCAUUCCCUUGACAUGCUGUCUCCAGAAAAGAGAGCCAUGUUUGCAAGUUUGGACACUAACCGCUUCAAAACAUCCUCGCAAGAGAGCAUUGAUUCCAAACUGAACAACCUGCGCCUCAAGGCAGAGCAGUACGACAAGCAUGAGCAAACUUCAUCAGAUGACAACCUGUUCAACAGGUUUGGCUCCGUGACAAAACUGGCUAAACGAAACAAAAACAAGGAUCUGAAGAAGAACAUUCCAGAAGAUAUUCGGAAAAUCUAUGAUACCUUUGGUUGCAACCCGAUGGAUGCAGAGAAGAAAGAAGAAGAAGGGGAAAAUGAGUGCAACACAAGUCUAUCAAAUUUACCCGAGUACCCAGAAAGCCCCAAGCUGGAAAAUGGAAGUAUACCUAUUCAAACCAAAGAAAAAGAGAGCAAACAAUUACUUGAGGAAAAGGACCAACAGACAAGCCCUUAGAGGGGAUGAUGCAGAAAAGGUUUUUUAACGUCUCAAAAUGUGCCUUAUCCUUCAUACGUAGACUUGGGGUUGACAUUAGUCUACAGCAUACUAAAUAAUUGUUCACUGUGCCCUAAUGACUUAAGUUUCAAUUGCCAAAAAUGAGUUGUUUAACUUGACAUCAAAGCUAUGACAAAUAGUAGCUGCCAAAAUAUUUUAUUAUUUGAUAGCUGUCACAAUAAAUGUUUAGAAGAAGAAAUUUAAAGAGCAUAGCUAUGCCAGCCAUGCAUCUUUGCAACAUAGAGUAGCAAGAACAUAUGACGUGUGUUAAGACUUAUGAUUCCUAUAAGCAUGCCUGCUUUACUAUCAAAAUCCUGACCCUUGAAUUAAUCACUGUUUAAUUGUGGAUUUGUACAGGGAGACAGAAAAAAACCUGGAUAAACAAUUUUACGAACAAUAGAUGAUCAUAAAUACCCGAAGAUUUUGAAAUUAUUUGAAUUUGUGCUGAAAGACGACAAAGACAUCUAUUGGAAACUUCCAUUACAUUGAUUAAAGCAGUAUGAUUCUAGGAACUUAUAACAAAACUAAAACAGAAAAAGGGCAAAAAACAUUGUGCAUGGUCUUUGAAACCUGACUCAUUAAGUAUAUCCAAAAGCUAUCAAUCUUAUGAUUAUGAGAAUAAAAUCUCAGGGCUUUUUGUCCUACUGUUGUGUUUGAAUAUGCUUGUCUGAAACAUGCUGCAUUCACACUGAAUAACUGAGUUUGGCAGAUUGUGGAUAGGCUUUUUUAAAUGUAAAAGGGAUUCCUUCCUUAAACAGUAGUAUGUAAGAGAUAAGCCAUAUAUUUAAAAAGGUGUGUUAAUAUGUUUAAAAGUAUUUCAAUGUGUUUUAUCCUAUUAAAAUGAAACAGUUCUGGAAAACAAAUAAUCAGUGAUGUUACACAGAUAUAGACACAAUGUUCCUUGCUCAAUUUGUUUUACACUUUCUUUAAAAAAAUGAAAAAAGGGACUUUUUAAAAGGUGAAAAGAAGCUGUAUAGCUAAGUUUGAAUUGGAUACGGUAGAAUUUGUUGACUGUCAGACACACCAAGACAUCUAAUUUUAAUUUGGAGAUGGGUUCUUACCUGUUUCUGAGACUGAUUUUAAAACACAUGUGAAAACAACAAUUGUGUGUUUAUGCAUAAAAAAGUACGUGAAGGGUAUAUUAAUUUCAUGGAGUGGAGUGUUUUCAGGUAUCAUGCUUAAUACUUCAUGUCUUGUGUGAUGAGUUUAAUACUUGCAGAGUUUAAAUAACUUAAUAGAUAACACAACGUGUACUUCUAGAAGCAGUUUAGUCUUGCAGCCUCUAAGCGAUAGGUUGAUAUAGCCUUGGAUCAAGCCUUAUAAUACAUAAUCAUUAAACAAUCAAUUUUUUACUUUAUUUUUUAAUAAGUUUUCCCAUUGCCACAAACAUAUGUAGUUAGGGGGGAAAUAAACAGCGGUUUAGAAAGCUAUGGAUACUUGUCAAACAUUCACAUCAUUGUGACCAUCUACAGGACAGUACAACAGAAUUGUUAAUGGAUCUUUAUGUGAUUUUGUUUUUCUUUUAAUCGAGUAGUAGAUAUUACUAUAUAGUGUAUUGUAUCAUUAUCUGGAUAAUCUCUAACUAGUUUAGGAAAAAAGUGCUAUAGGUAAAUUUAUAACAUGCUUCUUAUGGAAAACUUAUGGAAAAGUCAUUAAAAUAAAUAAAACAUUAAUAGGGAUCCCAUGUUAUUUCUGUUUGGAUACACACAUUCUAGCUGGCUGUUAAAUUUGAUAAACCAAGUUAUCAUUAAUGAUUGGUUUUUACUCUGUUAUAAAUUAUCCAUGUGUAGAAACAUUUUAUUUGCAACCACACACAACUCUUGUUCCAGUGGUCAAUAUGUAUUUUUUAUUUGUGCUAUACUAUUACAGAUCAGAUGAACACCACGUAUGUCUUUCAAAGAUCUGUAUAAGAUCCAGCAGUCCUCUAACAUUCAGGCCGAGUUGAGAUUUGGGUAAAAAUAUAAAAAAGUGUAAUGGCAUUAUAAUCAUAUAAUGUUGCUUUUGAAAACAGCUGGUAUCUUGAAAGUAAAACUUUGAGUAUCAGAAUGAAUUGGAACAUGCCUCAACAUAUUUUCACAUAAUUUCCCCACCUGUAAACCUAAGGUUUUAGAAUUGUGCUUUUGUAUACAUUUAUAGACCUUGUGAAACACGCUUAAAUAUUUAAAUGCAUGCAUAGGAAAAAAAUAACUUUAAAAUAAAUAUUAAAGUCCUAAAUGUAAAGUUUUCCAUGAAAAUUAUAGUUUCCCCAAACAGCAUUGUUAGUUGGGUUGAGAAAAAGUGGUUCUGAAGCUGUAAAUACCAUGAAGGUUAUGUAUAUAAUGCAUUAUAAUACAAAGUAAAAGAACUGGACAAACCAAUCUUCAAAUGUGCUCUCUGGGUUACAGUUGGUUUCCGAUAAAAACAUUCCUGUAUUCCAGAAUGUUAAAUUCAUAAUAACAUGAAAUGGUACAUGUGAAAGUUAGCAUUGGAUACAGGGAUCUCAUCCAGCCUCCAGACGUUUUUUAAAGGAUGCUAGGGUAAGAAUUUCAUCAACAUGGCUCGUUAGCAUGUACUACAUACCCAUAGCAAUUUAUAUUAAAUUGUGCCUCUGUUCUUAAAAUGCAUUUCCUGUAGUUCAUUCUUGUGUCCUUUGGAGCAUGGUUCUUCAGUGUUGAAAUCUAUUUAGGCUGCCUUUGACAAAACCUUUAAAUAUUUUGAGUAUUUGAAAGUUUCAGUCAAACUGCCAUAGUAGGACAUUCCUUUAAGCCUGGAAUGUAUCUUGCUGCUCCUCUCUGGACUGAUUUCAGUGAUGAUAUGAGUGACUGAUCUCUUUUGUAAUGUAGCAAACAAAGUGGUACAAAAUAUUUCACUUGGACUUAACAUUAAUCUUAGACUUAAUCUAAUGUACAAGUUUUUUUUAUAUCUAUUCUAUGAUUUGCCUUUUUAUUGUUCACCACAAUGUCUUGAAGAUGAAAGUGAUAUACCACAAUGAACAAAAAAGUCUUUAUCAUAGGAACUUUCUUCAUGCUUAGUGUUUCCCAUCUUAUACUUAUAAUUUAUGUUUCUUCUACCUUCAUGUAACACUUCAAACUUGUUUACAUUAAAUGUCACCUGCCAAGUAUUUACCAUUUUGUUUCUGAAUUUUGUUUUUGUUUCUACAGUUUGCUAAUCCUUAUAGUUUUGCCUAUUUUCCUAAGCACAACACAAUCUUGAGCAUUCAAAAAUCAAGAAGAGCAGUGGUGCUCAUACAGAUGUGUAUGGUACUCCACUAAUCACUUCAAAUUUGAGGAAUCAUCUCAAAUUUGUACACUCUGUUUCCUAUCAAUUAAUCUGUUCUUCAUCCAAACACAUGCAUUUCCAUGAAUGCCUAACUCUAUGUAGGGAGAUUAAUCUUUUAAGAUGAUUGAACAAACACCUUCUAAAAAUCUAAACGUACCUUAUCACACGCUCUGUAUUUAUGUCAUAUGUUUGUGCAAAGACCUCUGUCAGAUACGUGAAAUGACUUAAGUAUUUUGGUUUAGUUAAAAUGAUUUUUUUCUGUGGUCACACAUUGCUUUAUAAGUGUCCAGACUGUGACCUGCAACCACCUGACUAGGAAGUUUUUCCCUGAUGUCGAGAUGUUCAAUAGAGAAAACAUGUGUUUUAUGUAUGUUAUAUGUGUGUGUGUAAAAUAUUUUAUUCUUGAAUGGAAAACAAUGGAAUUACUAGACUAAUUAAUAAUUACACUUAAAAAGUUUAAUUUAAAUUUAUCUUGAAUUUAUUUCACACAGUUAUUUUUUUAUAUUCCUUAUGAUACUAUAUACAAUGCAGAUACUAAGUAAUUAUAAGAUUAAUAUGAAUACUUAAAAUAUAAAAUAAUUAAAAAAUAAUAUGCAUUUCAUUUUUAGUUUAUGUUCAUGUGUGCGUUUCAAUAGUUUUUAAUGGAACAAAUUAAAUUUCAGAAAAUUUCAGAGUGUAAAAGUCAGUAGCUGUUUGCAUAUCCAUUUGACUCAAUAACUGCGUGAGGUCUAUGACCCAGACUCUUUGUGGAAUUAUAUGAUACACUGUGUCAAAACUUUGAGUUCUCCCUUAUGCAUUGUGUGAUCGAAGUCACAUACAGUAUGGUCUCCUCUAUCCAUAAAUCUCUUGAUACCCUCUACUGCCUCAUUUUUGUAUUUCUGAACAAAUUCGAAUCUGUCUUUUCAUUCUAAUUCUGCUGUUUUGGUCUUUAAAGUCGAUUUUGAUAACUUGAGUUUUGUUAAGGUUUUCGUUGACAGCUUUGAUAAUUUAUCUGUUACCAACAUCAACAUUUUUUACCAAAAAUCUGGUUUUGUCUGAUUGGUCAUUUCUUCUUCUUCAGCAUAUUCCAAAUAAUUGAUUUUGGUAUUCCCGGUUUUUAUGCUAGAACUCUGAAUGAGGUUUUAUUUUCUUUAUCUUAUCAUCUUAACAUUGCCUGUUUUUCUUUAACAAUUCUUUGGCUUUUGUUAUGACUUUCAACAAUGGACUCCAAGCACUGAGGUCAAAGCAAAACAAGAAACACUUUACUAGCAAGAGACCUAUGUAAUCUAAUUUUUUUCAAUACUUUUGCUCUUUCGAAAUAAAAAAGAACUAAAUUGACUUUAUUAAAAAUAAAAUACAAAACUUUAGUUUUGUUUACAGUGUAUGGACUUUUUCCUGUUUGGCUCAUUGCCAUUCAUUUUUUAUGCAAUGAAAUAACAGACAGACAGAAAUAAAAGAGGAUGGAUUGUAAUAAAAAAAAGUUGCUUUUGAAGAUCCCAAUGUACUGGCACAUCCAAAAAAAACUGCUUGCUAAAAGAAAACAACUGGAGUUAAAUCAAUUUAUCAAUGUUCUACUAAGAUCUGAUCUGAUUCAGUAUCCACAGUUUUGAAGAGAUUGUAUACAGUAGGUGUCAAUUGUACUGACAGAAUCUUAAAAGUCACAUGAUUUGUUGUGCUGAGGGCUUGGUUAUGUAUCUACAAAUUAAUAAGGAAAAUGUAUUAAUGAUUUUAACUCCCGAGGACAUCCUGACAGCCUGGCCAAAUGGAGGUGGCUAAGCCAAAACGAUGCAACAAGGGCAAAUUGGAAGGUUGCUGAGUUGAAAACACCAGGAGGCAAAGGCUGAAAUCUCUUAUUUAUCUGGUGAAAGAAGUAAUUUAUUGAAUGGAGACUUGUACUCUUCCUGGAUUUUCAUUGCAGGCCUCAUUUAAAGUAAAUACUAUGGUUUUUAACUGUCUAACUGGCAUAUUGUUGCUCCUUUGCUGAUGUCCUUUGCUGGUUUAUAACUAUUAUGUGUUCUUUUUUUUUAGAUUUUCACAUGUGGAAAAAGAAUUAAAAGCCAUACCUAGAUCAAAAGCUCUGAAGUUAUUACAGCUUUUGAACAAUCUGCCAAGCUGUAGUCAUAUAGCCUAUAUAGCUACAUGGCAAAAGCAUAGUGUGAAUGCAGCAAAUAUUGAUUAACAUGUGUUAAAUAUUGGUUAACAAUGCAUAUACAAGACAAAAACAAAAAUACAAAAAAAAAAUAAAGAAAUGGAAAUAUAGCAUGCUAUUCUGCUAAAAUGUUACUAUGGUAUUAAUUGUAUCCACAAGCUAAAAGAGAUCAAGUUUGCCUUGAAAGGUUUUUAAUCAUUAAAGUGGGCCACACACGCUUACUCUUUGUGUUGUUCAAAAUAUUACUUGUGCAACCAUUACAUUUAAAUGUAUUGAGUGCCUUUUGGAAAUAAAUAUGAUAAACGGGAACAUUUAGCAGUGCUUGCAUGUGAUCUAUGACAGUGUCAGUUCUGCAUGAGGCAAUGCCAGUAUACAACUGGCCCAACUCCUUUCAUAUUUAUUGUACUGUGGGACAUGAUCACAUUCACAGUGUUUUUUUUUAGUAACAUGAUAUGCUACAUCUGACUGUUCAUUUUAUCCUGAAUUUUGACCGAUUAAUCUCCUUUAUUUUUAACCAUUUAUUGUGCAACAUGCAAUCUUCUUUCAAAGUGUCUUCUUUUUAAGAAACAGAUGUUAAGUGAAUGUAGUGCUGCCUGGAUGUAUCUUUCUCUGCUGUUUUUUAAAAAUGUACUUUAAGACUUACUGUAAGAGGUAUCUGAGAGUAAGAAAACAAACUUCAGUUUCUUCUGAACUGGGUGUAGAGAUUUAUUUGAUCAACAAAACAUGAGCUUAACAAUUUUAGUGGAAUGUAUAUUUGGAUUUUUUAAGGUGUCUUUUGGUUAAUAAAAAAAACAAGUGUAAAUAUUUUUUA